AUGACGCCGACGUUUAAACUACCGACUUCCGAUGAGCACGAGCACGAUUCAUUCGUACGUCAGGCAUUAGAGCAAGCUGCGUACUGCGAACCCGUCCCGACAGCAUUCUGUGUAGGAUGUGUUCUUGUGGCACGUUUGCCAGACUCGAACCCAAUCGUGCUGUCGAAGGGUUUCUCAAGGGAAUUGCCAGGGAACACUCAUGCCGAGGCAAAUGCUUUGGCCAAGAUGGAAAGUCUCUCUUCCCCACAGCUGCAAUCUCUCGUUUCCCCAUGGCCAUGGGAAGCGGCGCCUGUCAUAGAAGACCUUCUUCGCCACGUAGACGUUUAUACCACGCUUGAACCAUGCUCAGUCAGAACAUCGGGCCUGCCUGCCUGCGCUGAUGCCCUCAUUCGCGCCGGGAUCAGACGUUGCAUCAUAGGUGUACGGGAGCCAGAUGAUUUCGUCAAAUGUGAGGGUGCACAAAAGUUGAAGGAUGCCGGUAUCGAGGUUAUCUGGUACGGCGGUUUAGAGCAAGAGUGCUUGGACGCUGCCCGCAGAGGUCAUCGCAUCUAG